AUGGGGCCUCUAAUCAAAGUCUUCGGUAGGACUGGCACCCGCAACCUAAGGAUUCAUAUAGAUGCAUCCGUGGCUGAUGCUUAUAAUGAGCAAGGAUGGAGGCUGCCGCAUCCAAGAUCAGAUACGGAAGUUGCGCUUCACUCCUUUCUCACUACCUUUCCUACACCAUCGCUAGACAGAGGUCCCGACAUCUUUAGUUGGUCAACAGAGGGACAAUCACACCCGGUUUUCUCUUCCUCAAGGACAUGGGAAGUGCUGAGACCUAGAGCUCCAACCCAGGCCACUGCAAAACACAUAUGGUUCAGUGGAGCUACACCUAAGCAUGCUUUCCAUUUAUGGGUUACAAAUCUGAACAGGUUACCUACAAGAUGCCGCCUUGCUUCUUGGGGUUUACAGAUCCAAACUGACUGCUGCAUCUGCUCGACACAACAGGAAACCAGGGACCACUUGAUGCUCUCUUGCCCUUAUGCUGGGGUCUUAUGGACUGAAAUUAAUCGUAGGAUCAGAGACCCGGUACCACCAUUCUCAAACUGGUCGCACCUCAUCCAGUGGGCUUCGUCGUCCACUUCCUUGACGCCAUCAGUGCUGCGUAUGAUGGUGGUUCAAGCCCUAACUUACACCAUCUGGCAACAGAGAAAUAAUAUGCUUCACAACCAGACCCUGCUCCCUCCAUUGGUGGCUUUCAAAGGAAUUAAUAGACACAUCAUUGAUUCAAUCUAUACAGCAAGGAAGCGAAGAAAAUUCAGCUCCCUUAUGGCACUUUGGCUCAUAUGA